AUGUCGGCUACGUCCGGCGGAGUGAUAUGUCUUCACGUCGAAGAUGUUUCUUCAUACAUUAUACCAACCUCUCGUCGAUCACAAUCUCGCACGAUCAGCUCAUCGGCCCUGACUGCCGAACCAACCGAUCCGCCCAUAGUUUCAUCCGUCGCCGAGAACAGUCUGAUCAAAAAAGUCUCUGGAAACUCUAGGCUGACCCGGUCUCCAACACCACAAACGAGAAUCUUCAACGUCCCUGGCGGAUUUUCAGCCAACUAUUCUCCAGACAGUCCGUUAUCUGAGUUGAAAACCUCAUCACGGGGCAACAACAAGAAUUUUAUCGAAAUCGAAGUCGUCCACCCCACUAUACAGGUCAACCCAUUGCCAACGCUGUUAGGGUACAUCGGAUUCAGAUGGAACAAGGAGAAGCUCGGUGUUAUUGACAUGGUAAACCUCGGAACUUUGUUGCAGCUCCGACACCUUGGGCUUGGAGAUACAAGCAAAGCUGGUUUAUUGAACCAGACAGAUCAACAUGGCGAAGUGAAGAAGCUUGGUGCCAUGAUCAUGUACCAGGAUGGCUAUCACGUUCCUAUCGAAGCCUCUGAGUUUCACUGGAACUUUGGGUAGAUAACCGACAGUUAUUCUAUCGCCAAAGCGAGAACUCCAUUGACGCAGCUCGCAACAAAAAUGGUGAGCUCACACGUCAAGGCGCUGCCAGGGGUUGCAUUUCGAACAGAUGGGAAGAUGUCUGACUUAGGAUGAGUGAACCUAAGUUACUUAGAGGAAGCACUGGUGGUAGCGGCCGCAUCAAAAAAGUUCAUAUCAAGAUUUCGAAGAGUGGCCUGACGUGUCGAUCGACAUGGAUCGAUCACAGAACAUCAUGAGGACGUCUACGGGAGAUCUGAUUAUCCCAUCAAAUGACCAC